GGCGCAAUGAUUGACAAAUUCUUUAGCAUGUAACAGGUUUCUUGUGGGAAAGGGUGAAAUGAAAUUGAAUUAUAAGUAUGGAUGUGUACAAAUCUCAAAAAUGGGUCUCCUUAUGUACGAAAACAUGAAUACACUGGCUUCUAUUUCAGUUGAAGAUGUUAAAAAAUAUAACACAGAUGAACUUAUUUCUCUUUUGCGAAAACAAGACUUAGGGCUUAUAAAAGAGGAUUUUGAUAUAAUCGAAACUGAGAGAAUUAAUGGACGUACGUUCUUCAAGACGACCAAGCAAGAUUUUCGAGAUUAUGGCAUGAAGGGAGGACCUGCAACUGCUCUUACGGAAUUCGCUAACGAGAUUGUGUUAGGACAAGACGAGGCUGGUGGGAGUAUUGACGAGGAAGCUGUUGAAAAAGCUGAUGGCGUCGAUGAGGUUACAGGAAGGUUGGGUAGUACAAUUCUUUCUGACAUUGGGAUUUCAGACGGAUGUAAGAGCGAGCUUAAAAGUUUAGCAAAUAGAUUACCUUCAGACAAUGUUGGUAUGCCAAGUCUUUCACUCGCUUUUUUACAUCACAUGGGAUUCUUAAAAGAAGGAAAUAUUGUGAGAUACUGUAAAAAAGAAGCAACGUUCCAUGAAAACCCUGCGACAGCCCGUGGAGAUCCCUGUUAUCUUAGCUACAGUGGUGAAAAACAUGAUUCAAUUCAAAAAUUCGUGGAUAAGGUUAAUGGAUCGUCAACAUCCAGAGGUGAUGAUUAUAAAAAUAUUGCAUACAAUGGCAUUCGGUAUGAUGAACUCAGGAAUAAAGUAGGAAAAAUUUAUAGAUUAAUGCAAAUUGUAAAUGAAGCAAUCAAUAAUUGACAUAUCAUUAUUAGCUUGUCAAUUUGUACUUAAUUUUUGCGUUAUCUCACGUUAAUAAAUGUAGUAGUAUAUCAAAAUUUAUAUGUGUGACAUCACUGACAUGACUAUUGCGUCAUGUAUUUUUUUCCGAUGGUUCGCGUAUACUCAAGUUUUAUGAUUA